AUGUCGUGUUCAUCUAUAGGCAAGUGUAUCAUCAUCCUUGUCAACAGCUUCUUUAUGCUGGUGGGUUUGGCUUUUGCGGCUGUGGGCGUCAUCCUGUCUUUCUUCCCCAACUUCUUGCUGGAUCAGAUCUACGACACUGUCAAAGAGUCCCUGGAUACAGAUUUCAAACAAGGACACAUCAAGAUACCAGACACGGCGGACAACUUGAAGCAUCUGCCGUUCUUAAACGAGCUGGGUGUUGCUCUGCUGAUCCUCGGGGUGGUUCUCUUCCUCGUCGCCUGGCUGGGUUGGUGUGGUGCCUGCUGCACUUCUUGUUGUCGGUGCUUGCUGCUCGUCUUUGCACUGGUUCUGCUGGUGAUCGUUCUGGCAGAGACCGCCACGGGCGCCAUGUUCCUGGUCACCGAUUCUCCGCUGCACGAGAACCUCCGGAAGGAGCUCAAACAGAAGAUUCACGACGAUUUUAACGAGACUAGCCAGGAUUCCUUCAGUGCUGUCAUUGUGAUCAUCAACGAUGUGUUUGAUUGCUGCGGGGUUGAUGGAGUGGCCGACUUCGUGAACAAUACCCACUAUUCGUGUGGUAACUACACGGAAGGCUGUUAUAUUGAGUUGAUUAAACUGAUCGACGACAACGAACAAUGGGCAGGCUUGGUUUUGGCUGUGCUUCUAUUUCUUCAGGUGUUGGAGGUAAUUUUUGCCAUUGCAAUAUUCAAGGAAGGCAACAAGAUAUCGCCCUUCUGA